AUGUCUCGCCAUCAUCCAGAUCUAGUAAUGUGCCGAAAGCAAGCCGGCAUCGCCAUCGGCCGGCUAUGCGACAAGUGCGACGGCAAAUGCCCCGUGUGCGACUCCUACGUGCGCCCGACGACCCUCGUCAGGAUAUGCGACGAGUGCAGCUUUGGCAACUACCAAAAUAAGUGUGUCGUCUGCGGCGGCGAGGGCAUUUCGGAUGCAUUCUACUGCUUCGAGUGUACGCGGCUCGAGAAGGACAGAGACGGUUGUCCCAAGAUUAUAAAUCUGGGUAGUUCGAGAACAGACUUAUUCUACCAAAAGAAAACGAAUCGGACAUAUUAG